AUUUAUAUGGAAAAAACUACUAGUAGAGCUAGGAGAGCUGGACUUGUUGUCUUUGCUGACUUGCUCCGAGUUUUGGAUGCAGAGAUCAACUGAGAGAGCUAGGAGAGCUAGCUUCGAGCAGAGACUGAGCGGACGAACAUUCAGCUACAGUAAGCGUUCCCCAGUGGCAAAUUGCCGGUACCAUCUUUGGGUGAAACAGCAUUACAAAACCACCUUGACUCGCAAGCAUUGAGGCUUUGGGUGCUACUAUAAAGGAAACCAUCUCCAGCUCCGUUAACAGGAAGUAAAAGGGAACAAGAAACAGAAAGAGAGAUAUGGAUGAUAACAUGGAAUCGGGCAAAUAUUCGGGAGAGGAUAAGGAUGAUAAUCUGACGACCCGUAUGAAUACACGAGCUGAGGAAGAGGAGGAAAAAGAACCAAACCCCACCCAGGUUCAAAACGUGGAUUUGAAAGCCGAGAACAACAUUGAUGGUAAAGGUCUUGGUGAAUUCCCAAUUGAAAACCCAGGUCCGGUUGAUUCUGCUUCUUCGACCCUGAAAGCCACUAACGAUGAUGAUAUGGCUGCCAAUGAGGUAGUAAAUGGCAACGCUGGAACUGAUGUUUGCGAUGUCAUCCAUUCAAAUCAACUAGAACCCGCUUCUCCUCCUAAGGAGUCUAUGGAUAUGGAACUCGACGUUCAAAAGAAACAGGAGGACAUCGAAGAAAUUGAUGGUAGUGAUUUAAAUCCUUCGAAUAGGCUAGUUCCCAAUGCAUCUCGUGAGAGGUCUGUGGAGACGGAGGCCAAAGAUGAUGAGAAAGGGCAUGAAUUGAAUGUUGGGAUGAGCAACAUGGAGUUGUCUCCGAGUAGAGAGAUUAAGGAGCAAGUAUCAAAAUCCAAGUUGAAUGAAGGAAAUGAAGUUCCUAUGAAGGGGUCAGAGCAGUCAUUUCUCUCAGCGCUGGAUGAGGGUGACGAUUCAGGAACAGAGGAGGAGCAAACGACAUUCAUGACGGCGGUAGAGAACUUCUACAAAGAGAGAAGCUUGGAAUUCAAGCCCCCAAAGUUCUACCAAAAGGAAUUGAAUUUGCUCAAGUUAUGGAGAGCUGUAAUAAAACUUGGCGGCUAUGAACAGGUGACUUCAUGCAAGUUGUGGAGGCAAGUGGGACAGUCAUUCAAUCCACCAAAGACCUGCACUACUGUUUCUUGGACUUUCCGAAUUUUUUAUGAGAAGGCACUACUUGAAUAUGAAAAGCAUAGAAUGGGUGGUGGUGAGCUCACAGAGUCCACGAUAGUAAAUAAUCAGGUUGGUGCCAGUCAAGCUUUAGGAUCAGGUAGGACACUAAGGGAUGCUGCAGCUCGUGCAAUACAAGGUUGGCACUCUCGACGUCUUUUUGGUCAUGGUGAGACUGGCAACCCAAUUGUUAAGGAGAAGAACUUGAGUUCUAUGCCAAAGGGUGACAAACAGCUUAAAAGUAUUGGUUUUCUAAAGCGGAAAAAGCCAUCUUCUGUUGAGCGCAAUGUCCAAGUUGCUCACUUUAAAGUCACAAAGCCACACUUGGAAACCAUGGUCGUUGAUGUUGGGCCCCCAGCUGAUUGGGUGAAGAUCAAUGUUCAAAGAUUUAAUGACUGCUUUGAGGUGUAUGCAUUAGUUCCUGGGCUUCUGCGUGAGGAGGUGCAUGUUCAGUCCGAUCCAGCUGGAUGCUUGGUUAUAUCCGGUCAACCAGCGCAACUGGAUAAUCCUUGGGGAGUAACACCUUUUAAAAAGGUUGUUAGCUUCCCUUCCAGAAUUGAUCCACAUCAAACAUCUGCUGUUGUCACCCUGCACGGACAGUUGUUUGUUCGUGUCCCGUUUGAACGGUCAGAUUUAUAGAAUGUGGAGAUAACGGUCCCCUUUCCCAGACACAAAGAUUGCCGCUUCAGUUUGUGUCUAGAAGAUGAAUUAACUUCAUGUGGACAAUUAGAAGUUGAAUUUUGCAGUGUAAGUUUUAUUUUUUCUAGUCAUGCUUACAGUUGAAGCUCAAGCCUACCUGAUUGGGUAUGCAUGCAUUUACAUUAAUCUAGUAUUAUGUAAUUAAUAAUUGUAAGAUGUUAUAAUUAAACAGUGAUAAUGGGACCAUAUACAGGCGUGGGCUGGUAUAUUUAUGGUGUUGUAGAUUA